AUGCAAGGGAUAAAACCCGAAAUAAUUUCGCACGAGCUCAAUGUAGAUCUGACAUUUAGAGCCGUGAAGCAGAAGCGAUGGAAGCUCGGCCCCGAGCGGGCUGAAAUUGUCAAUAAGGAAGUGGAACGACUAUUGAAGGCCGGACAAAUACGCAAAGUGAAAUAUCCAGAGUGGCUCGCCAACACCGUGGUUGUCAAAAAGAAGAAUGGGAAAUCACGAGUCUGCGUUGACUUCACUGACCUCAAUAAGGCGUGUCCUAAGGACUGUUUCCCUCUUCCUCACAUUGAUAGGCUAGUCGAAUCCACUUCUGGGCACGAGCUAAUGUCCUUUAUGGAUGCUUUCUCCGGAUACAAUCAGAUUCUCGUGAACUCGGACGUUCAAGAAAAGACCGCUUUCAUCACGGACCGCGGAACCUACUGCUACAAAGUGAUGCCAUUUGGCCUGAAGAAUGAUGGGGCGACCUACCAGCGAUUGGUAUCCGAUGAUGGAGAAAUUGGCUCUAGCAGUAGUAAUUUCAGCGAGGAAGUUGCGACCAUACUUUCAGUCUCAUUCGAUUGUAGUCUUAACGAUGCAACCGCUUGGACAGUCCUCCACAGCCCGAGCCAAUCCGGUAGAUUUGCGAAAUGGUCAGUAGAGCUUAGUGAGUACGACAUAGAGUUCCGAACUCAAAUUUGCGCAAAAGCUCAAGUCCUCGCAGAUUUCCUCAUCAAACUCCCACUUGCUAGUUCGGUCGAGAAUAAUAUCGAUGUCCCAUGGACCUUACAUGUGGAUGGUGCAUCUUCCAAAACAGGUGCAGGAAUUGGAUUUCGUCUUGUUUCUCCUGCCGUCGAAGCAAUCGAACAGUCGUUUCGCCUGGCUUUCAAUGCAUUCAACAAUGAAGCUGAAUACGAGUCUUUCUUAGCCAAACUCAGACUCGCUGUAGGAAUUGGUGUGCGGAAACUACGAGCCUUUUGA